GAAAUUAGACUAAAGCUGAGAGACGAAAAGAUAAAUUAACAAUAGUUUCCAGCUUCUAUCGCACACUCGCGCUUAGGGUUUUGUUUUUUUCUUUUGGGUUUUGAAACGGGGCCUUGAGAAUCGGAGAGAAAUGGGGUCAAAGGAAAGAGAUGAGACGAGGCAGCAUCACCCGCCUCACAUCAGCAGUGUCGUCGUGCGUCCAUCCGGUAGCUACGACGGAGAAGGUGACCGCCCCGACGCCGCCGGAGAGGACUCUCGUGCUGACCGGCCACGCUCGGAUCGUCAUAAGGGUGAGAAUGGACAUAGAACUCGAGCAAGUUCUAGCUCACCACCACCCCGUCGUCCAUUUGAAGAUCACCACCGACAUGGCUCGGAUCUUAACCAUUCAGGUGCUCGUGGUGGCCGAGAUUUCAGCAGUAGAAGGGAAUCAUCUGGGAGAUACAGUGACUAUUCACCACCCCAUGCUAGAAUUAGUCGUCGUUUUGAUGGACCUGAACCUGCUUCUUUUAAAAGCGAUGGCAUGGGCAGGAACAACAACAAUUACUCAAAAGUGCAGCCAAGAGAAGGAGAUUGGUACUGUCUAGAUCCCUUAUGCAGAAACUUGAAUUUUGCGAGGCGAGUUUGCUGCUUCAAGUGCAAGAGGCGUCGCUAUGCACCUCCCAAUACUCCUCCACCGCCUCCUCCUCCUCCCAUGAAUCUCUCCCCAAGAAGAGACUUUUAUGGCUACAGGUCUCCUCCACGUGGCUACCCUAGAGACUACCUGCCACCAAGGCUUGACCAUCAAACAUGGAGAGACAGAGACAGAGAAGCAGACCGUCUGCGUUACUCAAACCUCGACUAUCCUCCUCCUAACAGAAGAUUAGCAUCUGACUGGGCCCCGGAACAACCUCACUAUGAGAGACGUCCACCUCUCAGUCCACCUCGUGGUGGCGGAUGGGGACGACAUUCAAGAGAGAGGAGCAGAUCGCCGCCAUCGAGAUACAAACCUCCACCGCCAAUGAGAGGCCCUCCACCACCGCUAAGAGAUUACCGCCGUGAUAGUUACUUUGAGAGAGGAGGGAGAGACGAUCAGCGUGGUGGUAGCGACAGAGACAGGAUGAGAAACGCUUACUGAUAUACAGAACAGUGCAUGUCUUGGGAAAACAUGGUUUAGACAGUCGAAACAUUUUCCCUGAAAAUCAAAGGGACCUUUGUAUUACACCUUAGAUUCUUUUGUUCUAAAUUCGAAUGUUUAGCGAAUUUUUGUCCU